CGCACUGGAGGCCUGGAGUGUUGAGGCGCCUGCGCAGUCGCUCUUCCUUAGGCCGCAGCCAUGGCGGGGCAAGAGGAUCCGGUACAGCGGGAGAUUCACCAGGACUGGGCGAACCGGGAGUACAUUGAGGUCAUCACCAGCAGCAUCAAGAAAAUCGCGGACUUUCUCAACUCGUUCGAUAUGUCUUGUCGUUCAAGACUUGCAACGCUAAAUGAGAAAUUGACGGCCCUCGAACGAAGAAUCGAGUACAUUGAAGCUCGGGUGACAAAAGGUGAAACGCUCACCUAGAAUUGUGCCACGCUGCUGCUGGGAAGUUGCUUUACAGAACACAGGCCUACAUGGGAAAGGCCCCAGCAGCCUUCAGCUCCUAACUCUUUCCUUAAAGAGCAACAGGGCUUAGUCUGGUUUUUCUUUUUUUUUCAAGUGUGGCCUUUGGGCUCUGCCAUAUAUAUGUGGGAGUACGAUGUGGCAUGUCGGGAAAAGUCUAGGGGAGCUCCUGGAAACAUUAGGCAUUUUACCUUUUCAGUAACAUUUUGUAGAACUACUUGUCAAUGUAUUUCAGGCGCUCAGAGCCAAAAGCCUGGGACUCCUUGUUAAGGUCCUCCCCGCCUAUCUCUCUCUCUCUCAGACUUUCCUUACAGCUCUCAUUGCCUGUGCACUGGUUUUGUAAACAGUCUUUAUCUCCUCCCCACCUUUGGUGGAAGGUGGGAGGUGGUCCUGGCUGCAACACUCAUGUGGGCAAGGUGGCUGCCAGAAAGUGUUGCUGUUAACCCACCAGUUGUUCUUUUGGGGAGUUCAAGGCCAGGCCCCUACCUGACUUGAAGGGACAUUUUCAGAAUUUUCUUUCUGUCACUUGGGGCAUCUUUGCCUCUCAUAUUUCCCUAAUAAACUCAACUUUAUCUGA